GUGCUGCAAGCUUUAUACAAAUCAUUUGAGUUGAUGCUAGUGUCAUCCAAUUUCAGCAUUGCUAGCCGAACCUUGUUUUUUUAUCUGCCGCUUCUACAAGAUACGUUGUCACCCAAUCUGUUCUUACCCAUACAUCUUUUUUCUGAAUACGCCUCAUCAUAGCAUGGCUUCAAGGUUCGGCCACUCGUCACUCCACCAGCGAGAUUCCCGCAGCGCCCUGUUCGAGGGGUACAACGGCAGCGGGCGUAAUAGCGCCGACCCCACGAGGCGAGCGAGCCCGGCCCUAGGCGGUUAUGGAUAUGGGUAUCCCGGGGGAAGUAACGGCGCACCAGCCGGUGGGAGCAACACGUAUCUAGGCGUGGAUAGUAGGGGAAGUUACAGGGCGGCGACACCGAAUUCGAGGGGCCAGUACAGCGACGCGGUGCUCAACGAGCUCGAGAGCCAGAACGACCAGCAGGUCGAGGGCAUCUUAGGGAAGGUCAAGAUCCUAAAAGAUAUGACGACGGCUAUCGGCGUCGAGAUCAGAGAAUCUUCGGCGCUCGCGGAGAAGAUGAACGAUACUUUCGAUUCGACGAGGCUCAGGCUACGCGGUACCAUGAACCGCAUGCUUGUCAUGGCCGAGCGCACAGGUGUCGGUUGGAAGGUUUGGCUAGCCUUCUUCGCCGCUGUCGUCUUGAUUUUCGUCUACGUCUGGUUAUUUUGAUUUGAUUUCUCCUGCGGCUUCUAUCCCUCUAUGCAUCCAAGUUUUGCGGUUUAUGGAUGUUAUCUACGAGACUAGACGAGAUAACGAUGCUAUCCUGACCAAAAAAGAGAUUUAGAGUGAAUGGGAGACACCACAACAAGAAAAGCAAGGCAUUAUGAAAAAGGCGUUUCGGUACCUAAUGUUUGGUGUGGGAGCGAUAUGAUAUGUAAAGGGGUUAUUAUUACUUGGGUUUCUCUGAAUAGGAGGGCGUACUGCACAAUACC